AUGGAGCCAAACUUCACCAUGGAAACCCAUGAAGAAUCUGAUAGUGAUGCAGAAGUUGAGCAAUUCUUUUGGGACUUCAUGAAUGAUCCCACUGAAGCUCAGAUUGAGGCACAAAUCAAAGCUCAAAUGGAGGCACAACAACGAGGUACGUCUACUCAAUACCGAAGGUUCCAUAGAAGGCAUAUAGAAAGAGAUCGUGGAGCUGCUAGGGACCGAUUGAUGCUUGAUUACUUCUCAGAAAAUUCAGUAUAUGAUGAUUUCCAGUUUCGACGGAGGUAUAGGAUGAAGAGACACCUAUUUCUACAAAUUGUUCAGACCCUUAGUUCUUGGUCUCCUUAUUUUUGCCAAAGGAGCGAUGCAUUUGGAAAGGUGGGCUUUACACCCUUGCACAAAUGCACUGCUGCUAUGAGGAUGCUAGCAUAUGGAACACCUGCUGAUUUGUGGGAUGAAAAUCUGCGAAUAGCUGAAACCACAGUUAUUGAGUGCAUGAAUACCUUCUGUAGAGGUGUGAUUGAGUGUUUUGGUCCUACAUACCUAAGAAAACCAACUAGAGAAGACAUCCAAAGGUUACUUCAUAUAGGCGAAGCUCGUGGUUUUCCAGGCAUGUUGGGAAGUGUAGAUUGCAUGCAUUGGCAAUGGAGAAACUGUCCAGUGGCAUGGAAGGGGCAGUAUAAACGUGGAGAUCAGCCUGGACCUACUGUCAUGUUAGAGGCUGUUGCUUCACACGACCUUUGGAUAUGGCAUGCAUUUUUUGGUGUUGCUAGAUCAAACAAUGAUAUCAAUGUCCUUAAUAGAUCACCUUUAUUCACUGAAGUAGUACAAGGAAGAGCUCCAGAGGUUCAUUUUACGGUUAAUGGCAAUGAAUACAAUUUGGGCUACUACCUAGCAGAUGGUAUUUAUCCGGAGUGGGCAACAUUUGUGAAAACAAUUCAUUUGCCUCAAUGUGACAAAGACAAAUUAUUUGCAGAACACCAAGAGGGAGCAAGAAAAGAUGUUGAACGCGCUUUUGGUGUUUUGCAAGCUCGCUUUGCCAUUCUACGAAACCCAGCACGUAUGUGGCAAGUGCGAUCACUUGCUGAAAUCAUUUAUGCAUGUAUUAUAUUGCAUAACAUGAUCGUGGAAGAUGAAAGAGAUUCUUUUGGGGUUCGCUACGAUGACAACUAUGAGCAUGAGUAUGAUGCUGGUAGCUCAUCCACACCAUUGUUAGGAUAUGGACAUGGGCCAAUUCAUGGAUUCUCUGGGGUUCUAGAGAUUGAAGAAGAUAUUCGGGAUCGAGAUAUGCAUCGUCGUCUCAAGACAGACUUGGUUGAGCAUAUAUUCCAGCGUUUUGGGGUGGUCAAGCUUAGACUUGUUUAG